AGUUUUAUUGUGACGGGGGUCUCCGGAAGUUUGAGAUUAUAUAGUAAACAACUUGACGCUGCUGCUGUCAGAGUAGUGUGUUCCUGGAAAGUGUGUGGAUGUUCAUUUAAUUUGGGUCUUUCUCUCCUUGUUGUUUUGUUAGGCUUCGUCAGAAUAGAUGGGCUCCUGAAAGAGAUGCAGGGUGGAGCGGCUUCUUAACUGGACGUUUAAAGACGCUUCGGUCCCUCCUGCCCCGUUGUUAUGGAGCAGCCACCUGGGAGCUUAGAUGAUCUACAGCCUGAAGACCUCUCCAGCGUCCCCACAGUGAUCGACCUGACCAGGAAAGGUGAGGAAUGUGUCCUCAACGCCACGUCCCUGGAUGCCCUGCGGGUGGUCAAGAGCCCCGGCUGGUACCCAAACUCUGGGACCAGCAACCCUGGAUUACCCUCCUCAGAGACCGGCUCCCCGGACGUCACUCUCCAAUCAGGGGAUCAAAUUCAACCAGACAAUGCCUUCUCCCACACUACAGUCACCCUCUCCUACGUGAGCAGGUCUCACGUCUUCUCCGCUCAUGACUCCCUGUCUCAACAUUCUCCUCUGUACAGUGUACCACCCAUCAGCAAGUUCUCCCUUCAGCCUCCUUGUGAGUCUGAGAAAGGGCUUGGGGUGACUGGCUAUGCACUGAACCAGCAUUACGAGGAGGAUGUUGACAGGCCCGUGGACCUCGCCACCCAGACAGAACUUUUUGAGUCAUUGUCUCAGGCUCAGGUGGCGCCAGAGAACAAUGGUGGCAUACUUUUAACGCAGCAGCCUCAUGAGGUCAAUGGUGGAGUCAUUUCCAGUGAUGGGGAGGUGGAUAAGCCCCUGCAAGGCGAAGAGGAGCAGAGCCUUUCUCAGAAAACAGAAGACAGUGUGGGGUUGGAGAACGGUCAAGGUGACAGCUCGUCAACUUCAGGGGUGUGUGCUGAAUCCUCACCGGAGACUCUCACCCCUGCUACAGGGGAGGAUGAGGGGGGCUCUGAGGUGCUCUUUCUCAUGUCUAAGAAACAGGACCCAGUGGUGGUCCCUAACAACAACGUGGGUGCUAGAGACCUGUGUUCAUUGAGCAGGGAGUACAUCAGUGCUCUGGAGGACCCCGUCUCCCCCUCCGCUACCUCACUGGACGAUGUAGAGGAUGUGUUCGUCCUGCCUCAGGCCUCCAGCUCGCCCAGCGGCGACAACUUGUUGCUGGAGACGGCCGAUGAGGUUGUGUGGGAUGGCUCGAGUACAGAAGGGGCCAUUCAGCUGAACUCUGGCAUCAGCGAUACUACCACAAAGUUAGAUGCAAGCAAUGAAAAUAAGCAGCCUUUUCAUAGACGAAAGGCAGUGUUGGAUCCUUUGAUCGAUUUGACAGAUGAUGUUUGUUUGUCAGAUGUUUCAGAAGAAAAACCCAAGACUGUCAUUCCACACAUGAACGGGAAUGCAAAGGCACUACAGAGGACUUUAAAAGAAAAGAAACUGCCAAUGCGUUCCGGGAGAGGGACGCGGUUAGAGGCUAUAGUCAUGAAUAUAAAUUCCAGCAGGUAUAAAGUGUCAGGAUGCAUACGCACCAAUAAGAAUGCCAAGGCUUCCCAAACAACAGUUAGCGAUUCAAACUUAGCUAGUCCUAAGAAGAUGGCCACCCUGUCAGCAGGAAAGAAGAAAAGCAGAGCGAAGGCGUCUCUCUCAGUGAAAACAAAAAAAGCAGUAACCCCAGUGAAACGGGGUAAAAAUAAUAGCAUUAACACUGACAGUUGCAAAGACUCUACCUCUGAUUCUGAAAUCAUCAAUAAGUCUAAAAAGUCACAUAGCAGCACACCUCCAAAAAGCCCUCAGUUUGUUUCACACAAGAGGUCAAGGAAAGAGCCAGAGGAUGUUUCACACCCCGGACACUCACCACACACUAGCCCUGUGAGGUCAAAGAGGAAACCCUCGGCAGUGUUAAGUCCUCAGUUUGCUGUGCACAAAAACUCAAAGAAGGAGCCAGAGCUUGUUUGUCACCCAGACCCCUCACUGGAAAUUCACCCGGCAAGAUUUUCCCCACCACCACCACCAACACCACCAACAACAAAAUCUCCAAAGAAAAGCCAAGGCGCAGCCAAAGGCAAGGCUACAGGUAGGAAAUCUUCCACUGCCAAGACGAAAGCUGCUCGCACUCCCAAGAGGAGACGAAAGAAACACACAGGGAGCCAGUCUUCCUCCAUGUUUUCCCCCAAGGAGCCUGAGAUCAAGUUGAAGUAUGUCAACUACAAGGAGGAGAAAAGGGACUUGAGGAUGGACAGUUUUUCUCCGUUCGUCCGUGUGGAGCGUCAACAGUCAACGCCGUCACUGUGUACUGUAAUCAACUACCCCGAGGAGGUAAGGACACAACACAAGAAGGGCCAGCAGCAACAGGGUCACCCCAGUGGCUUCAUUUCUGCAGUUGUACCCAGCACUUCCUGUCUCCAGCUGGGCCGGGCGUCCACACACAGCCAGCACCAGCGCUCUCUUGUCUGCUGCCUGUGUGGGCAGUCAGCCAAUGCCAUGGACUUGGGAGAUCUCCAUGGCCCCUACUACCCUGAGGGGUACCAGCCAAGCACCAAAAGACCAGCCAGCACGUCGGGCCUCAAAGAGGAUGAGGACUACAGCGAUUCAGACUCUUCGUCCUGCAGUAUCAGGGGCAGGGGGAGGAAGCGUGCCAUUCCACCCACUCCGUGGGCCCUCCGGCCAGGGGCUCAGCUAAAGCAGAAGGGCCUCCUGGGGAGCCACCGGUGGACCGGUGACAACACCAGUAGCCCUGCAGCUAAGCGGGCUAAGUCAGACGCCGGCUCUGCAGAUGUGGAGGACUGGUACAGCCCCCCUGUGCUGCCUCUGGAGCCCUGCGAGUACUGGCUCCAUGAAGACUGCGGCAUCUGGUCCGCAGGCGUGUUCCUGGUGAAGGGCAAAGUCUACGGAUUGGAGGAGGCUGUCAAGGUGGCCCAGGAGACGAUGUGCUCAGCCUGCUGUGACCCAGGUGCUACGCUGGGCUGCUUCUUCAAAGGCUGUCCCAAUAAAUACCACUACAGGUGUGCUCUGGAGUCAGCAGACUGUGUACUCAUUGAAGAAAACUUCUCCAUGAAGUGUAAAAAGCACAAGAACAAGACAUUCAAAGCCCCCCCAGGGAGCCGCUGGGACGACAGGUGACACAGUUAGCGGUAAUCUCUUGUGACAUUCACCUGCAAAAUUCCUGCAGGGACUCUCCUUCUCCUUCUGCUGGUAACCAUGGCGACUGUGGACCAGGGUUCUUCUGACUGACAGCUAGCACCCGUAAACCUUAACUUCACCCUCUGCUCUUCAACUGCACUGUUAACCCCCGACACUGUGACUGCAGGAGCCCAGUCACCGAUCCUCCCUCAGUCCAGUCUGACGGUACUCAUCAGACGAUGAGGAAACCUCCUCUCACUUCCCUUAAAGUAACAUGCUGAAUUUGUCAUUUGUGUUAUCACUUUGUAGUUAUUUAUAUGGAUUUUUUUCCUGGAUUAAAUAUGAAUAACAAUCAAAGAUAUUUAAUUUUUUAAAGAUUUUGUAAGUAUUUGAUUAUAUUUGGUUUAUUUAUUCCUGGAGUUUCUUAUUGGCUUCUUGAGCAGUUGUCAAAGAGGUUUGAUUGUGUGUUUUUUAAGUUAUUGGUAAAGUAGUAGUUGUUGAAAUAUCAAGCCAGUCAAGUAGAUGCUGGUUUUAUUAAAGAAAGGAGAGAAAAAGGGCUGGUCGGUCGAGAAAUGACCCUCAGUUAAUCCUCACAGAACAAGGUACCUGAUUCUUAAAUGUUAUUGGAUGCUGUCAACACACCAGGGUCUGUAUUCAAUAUAACACCUUUUUGGAUAAUCACAUAAGGCCUUCUGUUUUGUUUCACAAAACGUGGGGCUAUAGGCAAGUCUCAAAUUCACCCAAACGACACUUGCACUAAAACGUCGGACCCAGUUGAUGUUAUGGAGGGAACUGAACAGUGUGUGUUUGAAUGUAUUCUCCCCAAUACGAGGGGUUUUUGCAGGAAGCACUUUGGAGUGGCACUGAACACGUCUGGUCCUCUGCUCUGGCUGCAGUAUUACCGUCUUCAGCUGACUGCCCCGCCCCCCCCCCCCCCCCUCCCUGUCGUAUCGUUUGCUUCUGGCUCUCUCAUGUGGUUCUUUGAGGUUCACAGGUCAUUAAAAAGAACCACAUCUUAACUGUCAUGUGAUUUUUUUUUUUUUUUUAUUUGGCUUCAAGCACUUUGGCCUCCCACAUCAGGCUGGGAGCGUUUAAAUGCGCCCGUGUUGUGUUCGUCUUCACGGCCCAGAAUAAGUUAGUAUCUUAAUGGAAUUUGAAUGAAAUAGAUUGUGAGCCCUGCUGGAGGAAAAUAAAUUGAAGCAGGCUCAGUUUUUUUGUUGUUGUUUUUUUUUCCUGGAAAUAACACACAAGUCAUCUAUUGUUUACUGGGAUUCUCCUCUGUCGGAGCGGCAAUAUCUUCUUUCUAAUCAGUUUCAUUUUCUGAACUUUGUGGCACAAUAUUCACGUCAGCUCGCCUGUGCUGCUGUUGAUCGAACCUCAACAGACAUUAUUCUACUUUUUUAAAACUACAGGACCGUUCAGCUGCUGAAUCACUCACUUUCGACUAAGGUUAAAGAAGGAUGCAUGUUUGCAGAUGUAGCUGACAUGGGAAAUCUUUGGUUUACAUCAAUCCAUCAAUCUACUUCGAUAGGAAUGGCCGUUCUAGUAUUAAGAUUCCUGUUCUGAUGUAUUUUUUAGUUCUUAACUUGGGCCUAAAUGGUGUAUUUCCUCCAGAACCUCUCUGAAAAAGCCUUAUCUGAUGUACAAGAGGUAUACACAGUUUUUCCUACUCACUAGCUUGCGGUGCAACGACAAAUCAGUGGAUGUACAUGGCCUUCCUUUGGACAUCCCAAUGACUGAAGGCAGCUUGCAUGCACUUUUCUGCUGCAGACUUUGUUGUUGUUGUUAAUACCAGGGGCCUGAACCCUCCUACCACACAGGUACACUCUUACUCUCUGGGACUUGUGUAAACCAUGUACUGACUUUAGUUCCCAGUGUAUUAGUACCUGUUGAAUCAGGUGUGGAGGUCAGGGCUUUGGCCUGUCAGCCUGCCUGUUUGUUUUAGAGAAAAGUCUAUGUGAUCAGUGUUGGUGUGACGUCUCCGUGUACUUUUGCAUAGCACCAUUAGGGGCAGCGUUGUGCUGUCUGAGACCAGUGUGUGAGCUCCAUUUAAGCCACUGCUCACUAUCCACACAGAUGGAGCUGAAGGCUUCGGCUGCUUUGUGUCUCACCAGCAGAUGCAGGACACAACACACACUCUCACACACAUACACACAUAUACCCAAAUUUCUUGAUCCUGAAACACCACGUCUCUUUCAGUUGUGCCAUUUUUGUUUUUUGUGUAUUUUAUACUUUGUUGCAGUGAAAUUGAGUGUUUUUUUCUUUUUUUACAAGCAGCAACACAAACAUUUUUACCGUAUUUUGGUUUUUGUUUAAAAGCAGUUGUUUGCAUUGUACCAAAUACAGCUUUUGGAAUAUGUUUUAUUCUUACAAAGUGUUUGGAUUUUUCUAAUAUUUUGUCCGUGUGUUAAUCUCAGGGCUGAAUCUCAGAUAUUCUAAUGAUUUGAAUUUUAUUUUGUGAUUUUUGUUCAUUUGGGCUCAUUAUGUUAACCCCACAUUGACUGGAGCAAUGAUACAUGUAGCAGGAUGUGGUUAUCUCCUCAGAUGCAAAGCCUUCUGUCCUGGUACACACACCCCAUCACAUUCCAACACCUCGUCCACGUGUCUCUGUCAGUGCUGUGGUGUUUUUAGGUUUAACAUGGGACUAGGACUGCCAACUCGUGUCACUUUUUCCAUUGUCUUUCUUUUGUGGCAACUUUUUGUACCAUCUUGCCCACCUCUUGGAGCACCAGAGGUCAUGUAAUUGUCAAAAAUAAAUAUUUUGUUCAACGUU